UACACAUGAACGAUACACGCAUUAGCGAGCAAAAUGGAGUCCGAAAACGCCGCCCCCCAGCAUGCAGCCGCCGCCGCCACCGCCGAGACUGAGGUUUUGGAACUUUGUGUGGAUGAUGUGGAGGUGGUGGUUAGUGAAGAUGAGGAGAAGUUGGAAAAUGAGGACGGAGGAGAUGAACAAGGAGGGGUUGCGGUCAGCGUCGCACGCGCCGGAGAGGCCGUGUUUGCUGUCAAGAGAAAGAGAGGGCGCCCAAGAAAACAGCAGCCGGGGGAGCCCGCGGGACAACAGUUCAUGGCGGUGCCGGCAUAUUCCAUCACUCCGGAGAGGAGAAGCGGAGGCCGCCCUAGGGGCUCCGGCAAGUGGCAAACUCUGGCUGCUUCUUUUGGUGGGAUUAAUGCUGCGGACACUGCUGGAAGCAACUUCACUCCUCACACAAUCACCGUUCAACAAGGAGAGAACAUAGUUCAAAAGAUCUGGUCCUUCUCUCAGAGUAUUCCUGAUUCCAUCUGCAUCCUUUCGGCUUCUGGUACGAUCUCUGUUGCAGAGGUCUUCCUACCAGCUUCUCCUGGUGGUGUUCUGAAAUACGAGGGAAACUUCACGAUUAUACACCUCAACGGCUCUCAUACGUAUGACGAAAGAAGGGGUGGCAAGAUUUGCCUUCUAAGUGUUCAAUUGGCUAAUGGUGAUGGCCGGUUCUACGGUGGUGCUGUAGCUGGUUUGCUCAUUGCAGCCGGACCAACUCAACUUAUCAUUGGUACAUUCAGACAGAAGCUGAGGCAUCAACUGAACACAAGGCCACAUCGCUUUGCAUCUCCAAACCCUAAUAGAGAGGCCACCCCUCCAGUUCCAUCACAGACAGAUCAGAAGCGCAAAACAACUGAUGCUAAAGCCAAAGGUACUCUUGUAAUUGACCCUCCGGUUCUCCCUGAUGAUCCACCGGUGACCGAUGAAGUGGCCAUGCAGAAAGGGAAGGCCCUUGAUCUUGGCCGUGCGGCAACAUCUGAUGAUGAUGAAUCUGGAGACGAGGAAUGAAGACAUGUUUAAGGUAAAGCAAAGAAGACCUUACUUCUUAGCGGAAGUUGAGGAUUUGGUGGUAGUGGCUCAGGUUUGUUGCUUGAGGGGUCAUGCAUGGCUCAUUGUUGUUGUAUGUUGUUUAUGUUUGGAAUCUUGAUGAUUAGCUUGUUGUUGUGUUCUAAAUUUGGAUUUUCUGCAAGUGUGUGAGCACAUUUUGGGGAUUUCAUUGUCUGUUUGAUGUACUGCAAUUGUUGUUGAAAACUGAAUGUUGUUUCCUAGUUU